GGAGGUGUGAGGAGAAGACAGCGGAAGUUUUCCGUCCCGCCUGCCCUCCUUCCUGCUCCGGGACCCGCCCAGUUCCACACACCAUGGCCGGAGAGGAGACGCAAGGAACGGUCGAUCAGGAUGGUGGGAUUUUCGGCCGCUUCAAAGCCUAUGCCCGCUCCAGGAAAGGAACCAUCUUGUUGGCGGAGAUGGUGAUCAGCUUGAUCAUCUUCAUCUGCUUCUGUGCCUCAAUCUCAGUCGGAUACACGACGGCUCCCCUCAUCGAGUUCUUCUUCAGCUUGGCUAUCUUCAUCAUCUUCAUGAACGGCUAUGACAAGUCACUCAACUUCAUCCACUGGCCGUGCACGGACUGCAUCCGGUGCGGCAUUGCCGUGAUCAUCUACAUCAUUAUUGGGAUCAUUGGACUUAUCAACGGGUACGGAGCCACGAUCACUGCUGGGGUUCUCUCCCUACUAGCUGCUGCCAUCUUUGCCUACGACGGCUACCUGACCUUCCAGGUGCUGAAUUUGAAGCGACACACUCCUGCACCCACAGAACCCUCCGAUAACUCGCCGUAACCCCGCAGGAGGAGGAGGGGUGGAGGAAUCCUGGAACAGGAGCUCCGGACUCUUGGCUCCAGAAGCCAGCACUGCCAGACAUAAUGACUCAGGAACACGUCCCGAUUUCAUCUGUCUUAAUUCUGCGACCCCUCCCCCCAUUCCAUCCAAUGCCAAUGAAGGCACGCUUGCACGACUCCGCGCUCGCCGUCCUAGCCAUUGUCUGACCUAAUUCCUGGAACCAUGAACCCUCUCUGUUCGUCAAAAAUUCCUUAGUGUACCCUGCCAAUUACUGUAUCGGGCUGGCCUUGCCUGACUUCCCGGACAACCUCACACUCGUCCAGAAUAUCUGCAAUCACUCACCUGAUCAAUAUCGUUGCUGUAAUCUUGGACAGUGUCUCUGGCAACCCACGGAUUUACUCGUGGUCCCCCUUACAUUGUCAAUCCGAGUCUGAGAAGUGCAAGGGUCCCGGCACCCACCCACAGUUGUGCUUACUGCACCGAUCCAGGAUUUCCGGUCAGAAAAGCAGCCCCUCCCCCCUCCCCCGUACUCCUUUCCCCAAUCCUGCAUCGAAUUCACCAGCUCGCCUUGGAUCCCCUGUUGCCUUAAUCUUCCGGACUAGUUUGCCACACAGGGACCUCGUCGAGGGCCGCACUGAAGCAACUGCUCGAGUAGAGUGGGGAGGGGGCUGCGAGAAUGCCAUUGACUGGUCCCGACAGCCGCUCGCUCGGUGCUGGCUCGCCAACACACCUGGGACAAUUACCCCCGCGGGGUCGUCGUUGGGAUGGGACAUGGGACAGCAAGCCGGAGCAGUUGGGGUAGGGAACUGUAGAGAACGUACAAACUCCGUACGUGUGUACACACACACACACACACACACACACACACACACACACACAGCAACAUCAGAUAUUCAGACAGACACACAGACAGAUGUGCACAGACGCACGCAAGCAGGCAGACAGAUUCAUUGCCGAUUUCUAGGGGAAAUAUCGGAUUAUGUUGGUCUUGGUUUCCGGGCCAUGACUUUGCUUCUGCCGGCGUGAACUUGAUAAUCUCGGGCCAAUGUUUGCACAGUAAUGUAUGUUUCCUGAUCUAAUACACUGAUCCUGCUGCAGAACAGGUCUGCGACUGAUCCUUG